ACGAAAUCCGUCUUGAUCGUCACACAAGGCGCAAUGGCACAGCAAGAAGAAGGAGAAAACCCCGGCGGCAUCGACGAGCCGCACAAGCUAAAGAUCCCGACCCGCCGAGUCAAGAACAUCAUGAAACUCGACAAGGAUAUCAGCAAGGUCAACGCCGAAGCCCUCUUCCUCGUCGCCUCAUCCUCCCAGCUCUUCCUCCAGUUCCUCGCCGAGAAAUCCGCCCACGCCGCCGUCGAGAAGAAGAGAAAAACUAUAACACUCCAACACAUUCGAGUUGCCGCCAAGCGACACCGUCCUACUGCCGAUUUUCUGCUCGAUUCUCUCCCCGUGCCGGCUGAGCAGAACCAUUCGGGAGAUCGUGCUAAAUCGCGCCCAGAUAAGAAGCCAGUUCCUUUUGCUACUCGUUCAAUUGAUGCUUUCUUUCAAAAGACCACUUAAAAUGUCUGUUGGCUGUAAGAUAGUUGAACUCUAUCUUCGUGCUAGAGGAUUGUGAUAUUCAAUUUGGGCAUUUUCAAUUAUUACGGUGCUUACUUUUAUUAUGAAA